AUGUUACCCUCUUAUGCAUUUGUAUCCUCACCCAAGAUGAUGCCCAGGCAUCAAGCAACCGCAUAUUCUAAUGGAUAUCCUCGUAAGAGCGAUCCAUAUUCUAAGAGCGACACAUAUUCCAUAUCACCACAUAGAUUUCAACCAAGGACGUCACCCCCAGCGCUGCGCCGUCGAAGGCAGCUCCUCGUUCGUUUGACUCUUGUCUUGGUAUUCGCAUUAGUAGUAGGACUAUUUAUAUGGCCCGGUGCCGCUGUCCUUCCAGUAUUGUCUUUUGGCCUCAUCUCUUCCGGGGACGACUUUCAACUCGAAACUGUUCGAUAUUACGAUCUCUCGAAUGUACAAGGGACUGCUAGAGGCUGGGAAAGAGAGGAGCGAAUCUUACUUUGCGCCCCCCUCCGAGAUGCUGAACCCCAUCUACCAAUGUUUUUCGGCCAUCUUCGUAACUUCACAUACCCACAUCAUCUUAUAGAUCUCGCAUUUUUAGUUUCCGAUUCCAAAGACAAUACCCUUUCUCUACUCUCUCAACUUUUGGAGCAAUUACAAGCCGACCAGGACCCUAAACAACCAUAUGGCGAAAUAUCUAUCAUCGAAAAGGAUUUUGGUCAAAAGGUCAACCAGGAUGUGGAAAGUCGUCAUGGUUUUGCUGCCCAAGCAAGCCGUAGAAAAUUGAUGGCACAAGCUAGAAAUUGGCUAUUAAGUGCUGCAUUACGUCCUUAUCACAGCUGGGUUUACUGGAGAGAUGUUGAUGUCGAAACCGCACCGUUCACAAUUCUAGAAGAUCUUAUGCGCCACAAUAAGGAUGUCAUUGUACCUAAUGUUUGGCGACCAUUGCCAGAUUGGCUUGGAGGGGAGCAACCUUAUGAUUUGAACUCAUGGCAAGAGUCGGAGACAGCCUUGGCUUUAGCUGAUACUCUUGAUGAGGAUGCAGUUAUUGUCGAGGGAUAUGCGGAAUAUGCGACAUGGCGCCCUCAUUUAGCAUACUUGAGAGAUCCAUACGGUGACCCUGACAUGGAAAUGGAUAUUGAUGGUGUUGGGGGUGUCAGUAUUUUAGCCAAGGCCAAAGUUUUCAGAUCUGGUGUCCAUUUCCCUGCGUUUAGUUUUGAAAAGCAUGCCGAGACUGAAGGAUUUGGAAAGAUGGCAAAGCGAAUGAAAUUUUCAGUUGUUGGUUUACCUCAUUAUACCAUUUGGCAUUUGUAUGAGCCAAGUGUUGAUGAUAUUCGUCACAUGGAGGAAAUGGAACAAGAGCGUAUUGCUCGCGAGAACGAAGAAAAGGAGAAAGCUGAACGUACGAAGAAGAUGAAGGAUCAGUUUGAUGACCCAAGUCCACAAUGGGAGAAGGAUAAGAACGUUAUCGCAGAUGAGGCUUUGAGAGAGAAGAAGGAGAAGGAAAAUGCUGAAGCUCAAGCCAAAGAAGACAACGGUGCUGAAAAGGCUUCUGGUUCAAAGGCCGAAGAAAACAAGCCAAAGGACAAGGUACAAUAA